AUGAUGGGUUUGUUCGGGAAGAAGAAGGAUCCGAAAGAGCAAGUCAGGGAACUACAGCGAAAAAUGCGCCAAGAAAUGAGAACCCUAGAUCGGCAAGUGCACGGCAUCCAACGAGAAGAGCUAAAAGUGAAAAACGAAAUCAAAGCCGCGGCAAAGAAGGGAGACAAAGACGUGUGCGUUAUUCUGGCCAAAUCAAUGAUACAAUCGAGAAAGGCGGUGGCAAAAAUCCACAAAUCAAAGGCCGAGAUCAACAGCGUGAUUAUGUGUAUGCAGGAGCAACUGGCGACAAUGCGGAUGGCCGGUGCGUUACAGAAGAGUACCUCGGUGAUGAAGAGCAUGCAGAAUUUGGUCAAGGUGCCCGAGAUCAUGAAAACUAUGCGAGAGAUGAGCGAGGAAAUGAUGAAGCUCGGAAUCAUCGAGGAGAUGAUCGAGGACACGAUGGACAUGAUGGACGAGCCGGAUAUGGAGGAGAAGGCACAGGCUGAGGUUGACAACAUCCUCUGGGAAGUGACAGCCGGGGAGCUAGGCCGGGCCCCGCAAGCCGAACAGGGCGGCCUCGAGCGCGAAUACGCGGCCGAUGCCGACAUGGAGAGGAUGCGGGAACGACUCGCCGAGCUCAAGGAC